AUGGAUCGGUGUUUUAAAAUAUUCAUUUGGUGUUUGAUGGUUUCGCAAGUUCUAGCAGAUGAUCCAUACAAAUGUGCUGGAACUCAAACAAUUGACCCCCCUAACAACAUCAGCAAUCCUAUAUUAUAUCCAUCUGGAUGGGAUAAAAAUCACUUUGCUCCGCAGUACGCAGCAGGACAGAACUGUUCAUGGAUUAUCAAUGUACCAAAAGGAAUGUUUGCAUUUUUCCAAAUGACAGCAAACACAAAUCAGUCAUCAGUUCUUAAAAUGACAGACUCUACAGGAUAUGUUACGACAAUUGAAACAACAAACAUGGAGCCUUAUUUUUUGAUGAACCCAUCGUUUCGAGUGGACCUCCAAGCUAAUGAAGCUGGAGAAUUCGGAAUGAGAAUUGCAUGGUACAAAGUGAAUCCAACAUAUCCGACAUCGUGGCAAGUUCAUCCAAACUCUUCUCCAUUGACUCUGUUCGCUGGUGAUUUUGACAAUUCGACUGUGAUCGAAGCAGAAACAAGAGUCAAUCUUCUUGCACUUCCGUCAACCGUGACUAUCUCUGAUUUGAAUCCAUAUCUGCGUAAUACUCAAGUUUUUGAUGGUCCAUCGAUCAAUUCAACUCACGUUGGAAACUUGCACCAAGUAUUACGUAAUGGGCAAAGAUACAUUUCAACUGGAAAGUAUCUCACUCUCUGGUCUCUUAUUGCCGGUUUCAACAAUGUUAGAAAUAGUGUCAUUCUUCAAGAUUAUUUUGAUGUGAAAGAUUUCAAGACUUACAAACCAAUCAGUUGUAUUUUCGAUCCAUGUGAUGUUUCAUUAGACGCUCGUCAAGGAACUGUCGCUGCAAUCCGAUACAAUCCAUCAUACUUUUUUGUCAGAGACAUUUCUAUGCCUGAUACCAACAAACUAUCAGUCUAUACUGAUUUUGUUACAGAUGCUCAUAGACUUUCUGAUUACACAUCAUCAAACUCGAAAACAAACACUCCACAGAAGUUUAAUGGAAAGUACAUAACAUUUGUAUUGAAUCAGGAUCAGGCAAUUGUUUCCAUGGUUUCAGAUCCUUCUAAAGUUGAAUGGUCACCUGCUCUUGACAGUCGACGUGGAUUCUUCUCAUCUCCAAACUAUGCAUUGAAUAGUUCUCAACAAGAUUACGAGGAUAGAAUCAAGUCAUUUUCCAAGGUUUCCAACAUCAGUUAUACAGUAGACCGAGCGGCAAUUUCUGGAGCAGCAACAUUGAAUGUUGCCAUUUUAUCCAGCCAGAAAGUUGUUUCUGAAAAUGAAUAUUCCACUACGAAUUUCCCAGGAGGGGCUGUAUGGGCUGUUGGAGACACAAUAACAGUGAAAUAUCAAGCGAAUGGUGCAGUUACAACUGGAUCGUUUGUUAGUUUUGGUUUUGAUAGAUACAAUUCAGCAACUACGAAUAGUAUUCUCAUAUCAAUUGUUCUCACUAUUUGGAUCACACUGUUUCGGUGA